UCGAAUCGAAAAGCGCAACUCGUGUCGCAGCUUAGUUUGACGAGCAUCGCCUUCAUCGCAAAUACUACGCGCGGCCACAUACUAUCAGGAGGUUAUCAAUCUUCGGCGAGUGCAGCGUGCCCCUCGCGUGAAUGAGGUAGUGAAUGCAAGUGAGCCCAGCCGUGUAGCCUUUCGUUGCGCCCAACCAGUGAGCCAUCCGAGGCGGGAGCAAAGUGGGAAGCACAUAGAAAGCAUCUAAAAAUUGGCGAUUAGUGCAGCCAGCAGUGCAUCUGGUGCAGUGCGAGAUAACCGUUUCAACCGGGCAACGUAGUUUUUGAUAGUUCAUAGUUAAGCAGCGCGACUGCGGCGUAAUACAAGUUUUUUGUAGGCUGAUCAAAAUAUAUACACCACCCACAGUGGCCUCUUCGCGGUGAGCGUGUGUGUGGGUUUGUGUGGCCAACAGCAUACCGGGAAGAGUGUGAGCGAGCGAGACGGCGCGUGAAGUAACACCAGCAUCAUCCGUGAGCCUUUUGGGGGUCCGACCGUGCGCGUGCGACAGAGUGCAAGAUACAACAAAAAUGGCUUCUUUUAGAAAUGCGCACAAGAGCCUAUCGGUCGAGGAGCGUGCCGAGAUGAAGGAGAAAUUCGAAGAGAUCGAUGCGAACAAAGAUGGUUUCAUAGAGCUGAAGGAGCUGAAGGAGGCGCUCGAUCAGGUCGGCUUCAAGCUGCCCGGCUACCAGAUCCGCCUGAUGAUUGACGAGUACACGAACAAGCAGCGCUCGCAGCACAUGGGCAAACUGUCGUACGAUGAGUUCGAGUCGCUCUGCAUGGACCUGAAGGCACAGGACGUGGCGAGCACGUUCAAGAAGGUGGUGUCGAAGAAGGAGAACCUGGAAACGCUCGGUGGGAUGUCGGACUCGUCGGCCGCCGGCACGACACACUCGGUGCGCGUCGAGGAGCAGCUCGCGUUCAGCGACUGGAUCAACUCGAACCUGGUGCACGAUCCGGACCUCAAGCACCUGCUGCCCCUCGAUCCGGAGGGCAAGCAGCUGUACGACAAGAUGAAGGACGGUAUACUGCUGUGCAAGAUCGUCAACCACUCCUGCCCGGACACGAUCGACGAGCGCGCCAUCAACAAGAAGAACCUGACCGUCUACACCAAGUUCGAAAACUUGACGCUGGCCCUCGUGUCCUCGCAGGCGAUCGGUUGCAAUAUCGUCAACAUCGAUGCGCACGAUCUGGCCAAAGGCAAACCGCAUCUGGUGCUCGGUCUGCUCUGGCAAAUCAUCCGUAUCGGGCUGUUCAGUCACAUCACACUCGACAGCUGCCCCGGACUGGCGACCCUGCUGUCCGACGGUGAGCGGCUCGAGGACCUUAUGAAGUUGUCGCCGGAAGCGAUACUGCUGCGAUGGGUGAACCACCAUCUGGAGCGGGCCGGCAUCGCGAGGCGUUGCACCAACUUCCAGAGUGACAUCUCCGACUCGGAGGUGUACUCCUACUUGCUGAACCAGAUUGCCCCCAAGGAUGCCGGUGUUAACUUGGAAGCACUCAGGGAACCAAACGCCUUAAACCGUGCCGAAGUAAUGCUGCAGCAGGCCGCCAAGCUGAACUGCCGCUCGUUCGUCACCCCGCAGGAUGUGGUCAAUGGUGUCUACAAACUGAACUUAGCUUUUGUGGCGAACCUCUUCAACAACCACCCGGGCUUGGACCAGCCGGAGGAAAUCGAAGGGCUCGAGUCGAUCGAGGAAACGCGCGAAGAGAAAACGUACCGUAACUGGAUGAACUCGAUGGGUGUGAAGCCGCACGUCAACUGGCUGUACUCGGAUCUGGCGGACGGGUUGAUCAUCUUCCAGCUGUGCGACAUCAUCCAGCCGGGAAUCGUGCAGUGGAAGCGUGUCCACCAGAAGUUUACGCCACUGCGGAAGUUCAUGGAGAAGCUGGAGAACUGUAACUACGCCGUCGAACUGGGCAAACAGCUCAAGUUCUCGCUGGUCGGCAUUGCCGGGCAGGAUCUGAGCGAUGGCAAUGCGACGCUCACCUUGGCCCUAAUCUGGCAGUUGAUGCGUGCGUACACGCUGUCGAUUCUGUCGCGCCUUGCCAACACCGGCAAUCCGAUCAUCGAGAAGGAGAUCGUACAGUGGGUCAACUCGAAGCUGCAGAAUGCCGGCAAGCGCACGAGCCUGAAAAACUUCCAAGACUCGGCCAUCGCCGACGGCAAGAUCGUGAUCGACCUGAUCGACGCCAUCAAGCCGGGCAGCAUCAACUACGACAACGUCCGGGAAGGUGGCAACGCCGAGGAGAACCUCGAGAACGCAAAGUACGCCGUAUCGAUGGCGCGCAAAAUCGGUGCCCGGGUGUACGCCCUACCGGAGGACAUUACCGAGGUGAAAUCGAAGAUGAUCAUGACCGUGUUUGCGUGCCUGAUGGCUAUGGACUACGUACCGAACAUGGACAGUGCCGCCACCAAGACGACACCGGUCGCGUCUGUAUCGCCGCAGCAGCCGUACAAUAACGGAGUGGCCGCUUCCCCCGAACCCAAACCGAUGGUGGAGAUCGUCGAAGCAGAACCAGCCGCCGUCGUUACGAAUGGCAACGGAACGUUGGAAGAGAAUCACGACACGGACGAAGUGGUCGCCGGUGCCACGAUACAACCGACGGCAGUAUCUCCGACACCGCCGACAGCCAAUGCCGUUAUCGAUGAGUUUGCUGAUUGAACGAACGGAACAUUGAAAGGACUGCGAUGCGACGGAUAGCGAAACCGAAUCGCGGCCGUGCGUUCGCGGCCUGUCAUCGUGCUUGGCGAUAUGAUGUCAGUGAUCAGUCAAUACAAUACGUGGGUUAAGCGGGACGCUACGUGACUAAUGCAACAAAAGGCCGAGACAUUGUGUAAGCAACCGGUAUGCGUGUGUUUUGUAUGUAUGUACGUAUUUUGUGUACGUAAGCGUGUGACUGCCCGUUUGUGCGUGCGAUAGAAGUUAAGAUUGUAGAACUCCCCACUGUUUCCACCCUCCCACGGGGGGCCAUCACGUGGUUACGAGAUGAUGUAUGCUUGCGUGGCCAGACAACCAAGCAUCCUAGGGUCGGUGAGAGUAAGUGGGGACAACUCGUUUCGGAUUUAAUGCAAUAAUAACUAAUACGGACAUCUAUUGUAACAAUUAUAAUAAUUGUAGUGGUAACGAUAAAAAAUGACGAACGAGAGUUAUAAACGCACGUUUGAGGCACUGCGAACGUGAAUGAGUUUCAGUUAUUUUUAUGUCCCCCGAAGCUUAAAAGUGGACCGAAAAUGUGCUGGUAUUAUUUUGUGCUUUUACUUUUAUCAGCAACUGCUUGCAAUGCCACAAAGAUUCACGGAAAGGUUAGCUGAUGGAUAGAGUGUUUCCAACAGAAUGGCAAUCAGAACUACUCUCUCGCCAACAAAGCGCAGAGAACCCCUCUGACCUUACAGCAACAGCAAUGAAGGGUCUUGAGUAACUCCCGCAAGUUUGAGUAUAAAACAAAAUGAACAUACACAUACAAAAAUGCAGAACGUGCCAAAAGUUGAGUUAAAGAAAGGGAAAGGUGGAUUGCUACUGAAUUUGCUGCUAAAGUUAUUUUUUGCAGGCCUCGGACGGCCUGGAUGUGCAAUCCGUGGGCACCCCCGGGGCUGGGUUAUGCUUCUUCUGCUUUUCGCACGUCUAUUGAGCACAUUUCGAGAGAAGAUUGAGCAACGUUGAGCAUAAAAUGGAUUUGUUCACGUUUUCAAAGGAACUGUGUUAUUUAGCAAAAACAAGUGGGAAUAGUGACUCUAAGGUCCGUAUUCCUGGAAAGUGACAGAAGGAACACGUGCAACAAUUUAGUUAAACAUAUGUCUACGAUUUGGUGGCUACGAAUAGUUUGUUUUUCCCUUCUUGUGCUUAAUUUUAACCGAAGCGUUCCAUUUUCUCUCACUAAACAGAGAACGGAACCUAUACGCACCUGCAAAGAUCCGACGCUGCCCGUGAUCCGAGCGGUGCGGGAUUUAUAUUGAUGAAACUAAUCAUCUGUAACGCAGUAUUAAGCUUCACUAACGUAGGUAAAGGAAUGGGGUCACAGCAUGAGUCAAAGUAAUGCGCCGAUGUAUACAGGAAAGGAUACAAGUGUACAGGACAAAGGACAAAUCGCAUUCAUAUCGUUACAGGCUAAGUGAGCUUUAGUUUGGGCUUUUUGUUUGUUUUGUUUUUUCUCUUCCCUUUUUUUAACCAUUAGAUUGAUAAGUAGCAAUACGAAUCCGCUUGGAGAAACAAUUUAAACACGGACCCCCAAGGGACAUCGGAAUGGAAGCAAGAAUCAGGAAGGCGUGUGGACGUGUGUGCUUAGAGCAAGUUAGAAGAAAAAGGGGGGGCAUAGUGUCUAAUCAGCUUAUAAUGGAAUUAAAAACAAACCAUUAAUCAUAACCUACGUUAAAGUUUCCAUACUAAUUUGUGUGUUAAGAUGGGAAAAAGUAUCCCCGCAAGGAUGCGAGCGCAUUCGCCUGGGAAUUGAGCCCCGAACCGAAUUGAUUGGUCGUUAAAACGAUAUCAGCCCGUUUACAAUCCAAAAUUCUCACUGCACUCCCCAAUUUCCUAUGUCGGAAAAAAAUAACUAACGUUGAGUGGAAAUUUAAACAAUUCAACAAACAGCUUAAUUUGAACUUAAUUUAAUUAAAACAUUUGAACAGCUUAAUAUGUGCCCUGUAACGAUGCGGCGCAGAAUCGGAAUGGGGCAACAGCUGGUGCCAACUCCCGGACGGUGUGCAACUAAUUUAACGAUACGUUCAUCUGCUCAGCGUCAACUUUUCAAUUUCAAAAUACAAUGAGGAUGGGAUUCAACACAUCUGUCACAUGCGGUAUUAGUCGUAGGGUCACAGGCUUUGGAACCAGGAUACGGGAAAAAAGAGAAUCGUUUAUUUGCUCGCAUGAAAUAAAACCACAUUCGAUUAAAA